AUGGCGUGGAUAACGUGCAUCGUGUUGAUUCUUGCUAGUAUUAUUUCAUUUUCUGGUGCAUUGCAGCAUGGUAACUCAAACACUUCUCCAUCUUCUAACCCACAUACCGAUCCUGACGUGUACAAACAACUACUUCAUCUUGAAACAACUUUAGAUUCAGUUUAUAAAGAAUUAUUAACUUUGAAGGAACAAAAUCUUCAACAACAAAAAGCAUCUGAUGAGCUCCAACGACGACAACAGCAACAAGAUCAAAUGAUGGAGUCGAUGAACCAUACGAUUCAGAAUUUAGAAGCUUCAUUUCAAAACGUACAAAGUGAAAACGGCAUGUUGAAGGAAAAGUUAAAUAGUCUGAACUCCUCGUUCUGUCAACAAAAUAAUUCCAAUUUUGAUGGUAUCACAAAAGAACUUCAACUUCAGGCACAGAAUCUAUCACUUUCAAUUAUGGAAUUGAACAAAUCUAGUUCGGAGGACAUCCAAACAUUAAGAAAUAUCAUCACAAGAAGAGAACAGGAAGUGCCGAAAAAUAUAACCUCAGUCGUCAGUAGCCUUAAAAUGAACGAUAGAUACUUAUCGCUUUCCCUUUUGGAUGUUCAAAAUAACAUCUCAGCGCUAGGAUCAUCACUCCAGCAACAGCAGAAGACACAAACAGAACAACAUCAACUAACACAGGCGGGGAUACAAAAUCUCCAAACACGUCUAGAACAACCGUUGCUUUUACAGCUGGAGUUGGAGCUAGCGAUAAUUGGGCAUUUUCACCUGGACAAACUAUUAUUUUCCCCACAAGUUAUCUACCAAGUGGGAAGUGGAUAUAAUCCUUCAACAGGAAUAUUUACUGCCCCAAAGGCUGGUCUGUAUCUUAUAUUCUGUACCACUGUGGCAUUUCACGACGAAAUUUUCUGGAUCAAAAUAUUGAUUAAUGGUUCAGUUAAGGCAGGAGUCAUGGCUUAUCAUCCCUCAUCUAAUACGUAUGUAUACCCAUCAGCCUCCAACCUUGUUGUCCACCAGUUACAGGCGGGGGACAGAGUUGGACACAGGUCUAUCAGGGUAGUCAACUGUACUCAAAUUAUCCAGAUACAACCUUUUCUGUCAUCAUGGUCAAUGGAUUUCUAUAAUAUCGUCACUGGUACAAG